AUGUCCGAAAGCUCUUUGGAAAGGAGGCAAUGGGAGGCAAGAGAACGAAACUUCCUCACAGAUUACGUGGAAAAGAUCAAGCGCCACGUAGAUGAAGACAAAUUCCUUGCGGCUCAGCAAGGCGACAAUACCAAAAACCUAUUUCGUCAUAAAUCAGCAGCUGCACGAUCACUUGAGAAAAUUUGCCGCCUGCUGUUCGAAACAAGAUACUCAACGUUAGCUAACCAAUUUGACGACGGAACGUUGACAUGGGAUCGAGUAAAGGACCUCAUCGAACGGUUAGAGAACAUCGACCUCAUUCUCAAACAACUCUUCCACCGCAGCAUCAACCUCCUUGACUUUGUCAAUACGUUGAUUGUAAAAGAGGAAGAGGAUCAUGCUAAGGAGACUGACCUCGACAAGAUCAAAGAAUUCGACGCGCUUGCAUUUGAGGUGGUCAAAAAGCUCUUCUUGGAAUGGAAAGGAGUCGAUGAUAUGCCCUUCGUUCACCAACUAGCUAAGAAAGUUGACGUUGAGGUCCCUUCCUUCCGUCGCCCAGAUUUGUGGGGCGGCAACUUGCGGGUGUAUCGCGAGAUGCGCGAUCUUGCGUACGCUAACGCAAAAGCGGUCACAGAUAAAUGGAAAAAGUGGGAGAAGGAGCUCGAGGAGGAAGAGGCAAAGAAGAAAUAG